CUGAGCCUCGAGGAGAGCCAGUCACUUCUCGUUCAGCUCACGGAUAUAUACCCGCAGACGACGAUUUGCAUCGAUGGCUUGGAUGAAGUCGCGCCGGAGACUCGCGUAAUCCUACUCAAGUCCCUAGCGAACAUCAUGCGGACCGCAAAGAACCCUCUCAAGAUCUUCGCGACCAGUCGAAUGGAUCCAGACAUUCCCCUGCUGUUCCAUAAGGUUACCAUGAUCGAGUUACAACCUAGUGAUAGUGUCAGAGACAUUACCCGGUUUGUGGAGGAGAAGGUCCAGAGUGCCAUCGAUGACAAGCAGCUGCUUCUCGGCAAUGCUGGUGGUGAGCUCAAGGCCGAGAUAUGCAAUAUCCUCCGCCACCGAUGCAAGGGAAUGUUCCAACUAGCGGCUCUUCAGAUCACGUUUCUCUGCGCCAUGUCCACCGAGGAGGAUGUAAGGAGGAACCUGAGGAUGCUGCCACGAACACUGGACAAAGCCUACGACGAAAUCUACGAACGCAUC